UGAUAAUUUUAGUCUAAGACAGGAUUGGCACUGCACUUAAUUAAUUUACAUAUAGCACUAAUUUCUGAUUCAUUUGAUGUAAGAGUUGUGUGCUUUUGUUUUUUUUUAUUUUAGAAAGAAGACAUCACAGAUAGAAAAAUUAAAAGACUAAACUCACAUUUGGGCAUUGGACAACAAUUAAGGCUACAUAAAACUUCUAGCAGCAGUAACAUUUGUUAAACAUUUCAGGUAAUUUACGGGGCAUGCUGCAUUAAAGUACAUUUAAGGUAAUCCGUCAAAAAAAAAUGUCAGUCGCCAACGGUUUUCAAAUGCGUCGUGAAGAAAUGCAUUCUGGGAAACAAUAUGUAAACACCAGCUUGAAAGCAGUCAGACGAGAUAUCAUGGCAUUUUAUACUUAAUGCAUUUUAACAGUGGUUUAUUUUUCAUGAUUUUGUCUUUUACUACAAACGAGGGACACUCGACUUCGUGUUUUAUCGGAAUGUGACUCUAAUGUUUUAAAGAAGCGACAGUACUUCUGCAACUGUCAAUAUGCUAGCAGCUACUUAGCUUGUGAAACAGUUGAAUCACAUUCAUGCGGUCAUAACUUGUUGUUUCAACGGAUUCGUCCAUUCUCCUUACCUAUCGUUACCGGCAACCCAAACGCUCGCCCCUGCAGUGAAGGAUGGGUGUGAAGACCUUCACCCACACUUCCUCCAGCCACAGCCAAGAGCUUCUGGAUAAACUCAACACCCUGCGCAGAGAGGGCCAUUUCUGUGACGUCACCAUUCGUGUACAGGGCCAGCUGUUCCAUGCACAUAAGGUAGUGCUGGCCUGCUGUAGCGACUUUCUCAAAGCUAAGCUCUCUGGGAAGCAAGCAGAGGAUGAGACUGUAAUCGUAGGAGAAGAAAAGCACGUUCUGGACCUCCAGCAUGUGACAGUCGCUGGUUUCGCUCCUCUUCUGGAAUAUGCGUAUACUUCCACACUGUCCAUUAGCACGGAGAACAUCAUCGAUGUGCUGGCCGCAGCUAGCUACAUGCAGAUGUUCACAGUGGCCAACACUUGCUCCGAGUUCAUGAAGUCAAGCAUUCUGUGGAACUCAGGAUCAUCAGGAGGAGGGGCGGGAACUGGCAACACCCAACCCCCAAGUUUACACAGGCCCCAAGAGACCCCUGAAGACCAUGCGAGCUGCACCCUCACGCCCGUAGAUGCCCUCUCACCAUCCCCCGUCUCCUCAGAGUGCAGCAUACCAGAGCGACCCAUCCCUGUGUGCCGUGAGUCUAGGCGCAAGCGGAAAGGCUUCGCCAGCCCACAACUAGCAUCCUCUACCUCCCCGCAGGUCCCCAACCCCUCUCCCUCCUCUUCCUCUUUCCCAGAGAGUUCAGCACAAGCUCUUGAACCCUCCCUGGCCUUCUCCUGGACGUACCCUUUCGGUGUGGAACGGCGAUUUGCAACAGGAGAAAAAUCCAAACUACCCGAAGGUCUCCUGGAACCGUCUGGAGCCUCGGGGCAGGACUCUAGUGGGCGGGCGCUGGUGGAGUAUCUCUCCUGUGAGGGCCCACGAGGCUUGGGUGUGGGCGGUGCAGUGGGCGUAGAAGAAGAAGAUGAGGAUGUACAGGUGAAGGUUGAGAGGCUGAGUGAUGAAGAAGUACAUGAAGAAGUUUCUCAACCUGUCAGUGCUCCUCACAGUUCUCUGAGCGACCAGCAGACAGUUCCUGGCAAUGAUCAUAACCAAGAAGAUCUACUUAUAAGCCCACAGUCCUCUUCCAUCGGCUCUAUGGAUGAGGGGGUAACUGAGAGCCUCCAGUCUAUGCAGGGCACUCCAAACACUACUGGUCACAUGGAGGAGGAUGAAAGGCUGGAAAAUGUGCAGUAUCCGUACCACCUGUACAUCAGCCCCUCCACCCGCCCAGGACUUAACGGUCCUGAACGGCCCUUCCAGUGCCCAACAUGUGGCGUCCGCUUCACCCGAAUACAGAACCUCAAGCAGCACAUGCUAAUCCACUCCGGUAUUAAGCCAUUCCAGUGCGACCGCUGCGGGAAGAAAUUCACACGGGCUUACUCUCUGAAGAUGCACCGGCUAAAGCACGAAGGUAAACGCUGUUUCCGGUGCCAGAUCUGUAGCGCCACUUUCACUUCCUUCGGUGAAUAUAAGCACCACAUGAGGGUGUCUCGCCACAUCAUCCGCAAGCCUCGGAUUUACGAGUGCAAAACAUGCGGGGCCAUGUUUACCAACUCCGGCAAUUUAAUCGUACACCUGAGGAGUCUCAACCAUGAGGCGUCAGAACUAGCAAACUACUUCCAGACCAGUGAGUUCCUCCUCCCAGACUACCUGAGCCACAUGCAAGAGGAUGAGGGGCUGGGACACUUUGAGAUGACUGAGCAGACCUUUGAAGCCACUUCCUCCUCUUCUUCAGUCCAAACACCCGUUAUCUCCCAAGUCUCUUCUACUAUAAACUAUGAUAACCACCAUCCUGCGCCUACACCCCAAACUCCAAACCCCAAAACGGGGCACGGAGGGGAAGUAGCACCAGGGGACCACCUGAAGUCCACAAAUGCUGUUACAUCUCUGCAAGACCAGGUGGAAGCUGAAGAAGAAAAGGAGAGAGCGGGCAGGAAGCCGAAGAAAACCCUUGUGUCAAUUACAAUUGAGUAAAAAAAAUCUAUAUGUAAACAUGUAUAAAAACAGUCGAUGUUUCGUGAUCCUGUUGAAAAAACUGGGAAUGCAACUCAGUUUUACAUUGUCCAAAACUAUGAUGCUGGUUUAUCAUUCUUUUUUUUUGUCAUUUUAGCAGAUCUUGGGAAAAAACAUUUCAUUUUUUAAAUAUGAUCUCUAUUUGCAGCCCAGUUGCUCUUUGGAAGCACAUUUACAUCAUUAUUUAAAUAUUUAUAAUAUAUUAUAAUUUAAUAUGAUUUUAAAUAGAAUGCUUUGUGGCAGUCGGUCAAAUAAAAUGAUUUCAGAUUUCAUAUUAAAAGCGAAAAGCAGCUGAUAUCCAUAUAAUAAAUAUGAUAAUAAUUGCUUAUUACCUUAACUGCAUUACAUUGGACUCUUAUGUACAAUCUUUUCUUUUAUUGAUUCCCUUUCGUCUCCUACUUAACCUGGAGCCUUAACUAUAGCAAACUGCCCCUUCUAAAUGAAACUAGAAAGUUUUAAACCAGAAAGCUGCAACCAUCUAAGAAUGGUCCAAAAAAUGUGACUGUGUUACUACUUUCAUAUGCAGAAACAAAACAGAUUGCUGUCAAAUACGAAUACACGUGAACCUGCACAAACAACCGUGAAAACCGUGAUUUUAUGAGCUUUAAUGUGUUGCUUUGACAUGUGAGGAGUAUGACUUUUUGUUUCUCCCCUACCCCUCCUUUCUGCUGUAUAAUGUAAAAUGCUGCUAAAAUUUGUAAACUGUGCCUCUUGCCCAGCUCUCAGAAACAAAUUCGAUCUAAAGAGCUGUACGUGUUACACCAACAUUCUCUUUUGAUUACGACAUAUGGAAGAAAUGUCAAAUGGGUCACGUUUUAAUAGAGUGGAAGGAAGGUGAUAUUUUCAUAGCCUUUCCGUUUUAUUGCUGUUGGAGAAUGUUUCUCCAUAACUUGAUGCCAUAGUUGUAUGUGCCUAACAAGUCUCCCGACAAAGUUUAUGAAUACCUUGUGAUUAUGGCAUGAGCCUUGAUUGAAGAUGAAGCUGCAACUUUGGAAUAUGUAGCAUUUGUUGUGUCCUGUGGUUUCAAUGCUGAUGCAUAUCACUUGUGUAAACUGCUUCCUUUGUGUGAUAUUGCACAUGGCAAUCCGUCGAUUUAAAAGCUGCUUAAUUCCAAGAUUUUUUCAAAGUAUAGGGAACAAAGAUUUUUAAUAUGCUUUGUGCAAUAUGGUUAUGGAUGAAUCUCUUGUUCCGAAAGUUAAUGUGAAGUAAAACUUUUUGUACCGCAGUGGACAAUGAGCUGAAGGGUUUGAGGUUGUAGAGAAAUAAGCUUAAAAACAGGAAUCUGAAUUGUUAAUGCGUGUGAACAGCAAAGAAGUCAUAUUGUCUUCACUGCUAUAACAAAAGGGUGCAAUAUCAUUCUCUGAUAUCAUUUCCCUUGAGAUAGUCUCGCUCAUCUCAUGCCUCAUUUUUGCUCAAACUCGGUUACUUCAUAGUCUGAGAGUUUGUAGUGACGCAUUUACCAUUAGACAAUAUUGGCUGCCUGUUCCAGAUCGCUCUGUUUGCUACUUGCAUGUUUUCCCCGUGCAGAAGAAAUAUGGGGAAAAUGAAUAUAGCAUGGGUUCAUUCGUUUGUUGAAUGUUGUUCAAAUAUGUGCUAUUACCAUUUUGUAAACAGUAUUCAAUCUUUGGUGUUCAAUUGUUUGAGCAGAAAGAACAGUGAUAUUUCAGUAGUCAUGAUGCUUUUUCAUAUUCUGUAUUGAUUACAGUUACCUUAAAGUGUCAAUUUGUAAAUUUGUAAUAUCAAUGUGAGUAGUUCUUUGACCGUUGUAGUGUUGGCUUUUGUGAUAAUGUCUUGAUAUAUUUAUAGUCUUUUAUUUUUUAUUAAGCUUAACUUUAGUUGUAUCUUGUAUCUUGUGCCUUUGGAUAUUGGAUCUGUAUUGUAUUUUAAUUGGCAAAAAAACAGGCAUUGAUAUAAAUUCUGAUGUUUUGUAGACAGAAUGCUGGUAGACUUCAAAUGUAGCUCGAAACGUAAAAUAUUUUUGAAGUGCUAUUCGACACAUUGUUUAAACUAAGUUUUGUGUUUAUUUUCAUAAAGACAAAUGUAUUUGUUGUUUUGUAUUUCUUCGGUGGUUCUUAUCAUCAGUUCAUGUGCCAAUUCAGAUUUAUUGAAUGAUGUUUUGUAAAAAUAGUAGAUUUCAAGUAAAUUGUUACAGCCUAACAUUCAAACAAA